GCCGUGACACCCCCCAUGUGGCAUAAGGAACACACAGAGCCUGUUGAUGGACUGGACAAAGCUUCUCUAGCAAAUUCAGAGGGUCCGACUACAGGCUCCCACACUCCUCCCUUCAAACGGAAGGGGAAACUGUCCACCAUUGGUAAAAUCUUUAAGCCUUGGAAGUGGAGGAAAAAGAAGACCAGUGACAAAUUUCGAGAAACUUCAGCAGUGUUAGAACGGAAGAUAUCCAUGAGACAAAGUCGGGAGGAGCUGAUUCGAAGGGGAGUACUUAAAGAACUGCCUGACCAAGAUGGAGAUGUAACCAUUAACUUUGAAAAUUCAAACGGGCACAUGAUACCCAUCGGAGAGGAAUCUACCCGAGAGGAAAAUGUAGUAAGAUCUGAAGAAGGUAAUGGCUCUGGCGCUGAAAAAGCAUCACCCUUGGAGGAAAAGGCAGCAGAUAAAAAAGAGAACACUGAAAGCCGCUCUGAACCACCGGCAGCUCCUCUUCCACUUCCUUCAACUCUACCUAAGCCUAAACCCAAACCUAAGCCCAAAAAAACGCCCGUGCUUCCAAAAGGGGCCACUGCAGGGGCCAGCCCCAAGGGUGACGAAGUGCCUCCUAGUAAAACAGUCACCAAGGCUCCUGCUAAGCAGGCCCCUGUCCCUCCGCCCAAGCCAACGAGCCGAAACGCCGUCCGAGAGACUGCUGCUUCCUCUCACUCAAAAAGGACCAGCUCCAAGGCAUCAGCUUCACCAUCUAUGUCCUCCACAUCAUCUCGUCCCAAAGCUUCAAAGGAGAUGGUUUUUAGCAAAACGGGGGCCGCUGGAACCACAAAGAGCAAGAAGAAAACGUGCAAACAGCCAACAUCUCAACCCUCUUCCGAUGCCACCCCUCUGGGCACAGGAGAGGCUCCAGACACCAGGGAGGAGGGUCUCCAAGCAGAGCAGACUGUGUCUGGGAUGGAGGAGCAAACCCCAGGAAAACCCAGACCUGGAGUCCCUCCUCCCCCUGUGACCCUGCCGCCCCCUCCCCUGGGCGCCCCCCUCCCUAUGGAGGAGCAGAGCUUGGUAGCCUCAGACACUCCUGCUGUCCUGGUCACCGAUGGAGCUGAGCUGCCUGUUCCUGCCUUAGAACCAGGGCAGCUUCUCUGGGCCGAAGAGCUGACAGACAGAACCAUUGUCCACGCCAACACUGGCUUGAGCAUCAGCAGAGAAAAUGCAAAAUGUCUAACAACCAAAGACGAGCAAGGGAAGGCGGCACCAGAGCUCCUGACCCCUGGGCUGAUGGGAGAAUCUUCAGAAUCCUGUAGUGCCCCAGAGGAUGAAGGCCGGAGAGAAUACCAGGCCAGUGACUCUGACUCGGACGGACCUAUUUUGUACACCGAUGAUGAUGAGGAAGAGGAUGAGGAUGGCAGUGGAGAAAGUGCUUUGGCAAGUAAAAUACGACGAAGGGAUACUCUUGCUAUCAAACUUGGCAACAGGCCGUCCAAGAAGGAAUUGGAGGACAAAAACAUCUUACAACGCACAUCUGAAGAAGAGAGGCAGGAAAUCAGACAACAGAUUGGAACCAAACUGGUCAGGAGACUUAGCCAAAGGCCCACAACUGAAGAACUAGAACAGAGAAAUAUCCUAAAACAAAAGAAUGAAGAAGAAGAACAGGAAGCAAAAAUGGAACUUAAACGCAGACUCAGCAGAAAGCUCAGUCUGAGGCCCACAGUGGCAGAGCUCCAAGCUCGAAGGAUCCUUCGGUUUAAUGAGUAUGUUGAAGUCACUGAGUCUCCUGACUAUGACCGCCGGGCAGAUAAGCCCUGGGCCAGGUUGACCCCUGCAGACAAGGCAGCAAUAAGGAAAGAACUGAAUGAAUUCAAAAGCACGGAAAUGGAAGUUCAUGAAGAGAGUCGACAGUUUACAAGGUUUCAUCGUCCAUAAGGACGUACAAGACCCUUUGGAAACAGAGACAGGUCCUCUGGAGAGGGUAGCAUCGCUGCCUGUGAACCUGACAUCACACUGCAGUUUCAGUGUGCAAUUACAUUGAACUUUGGUGAAGAGAGCAUGGCGACAGUGCUCCCCACUUGUAAAGUCCGGCUGGAGCCCCAAACAAAGGGAGCAAAGGCUGUCGUGAUCCUGGUCCUUCAGAUUGUUUACUGAUGGUAAGGGACAGACUUGGUCACACCGGUCACUCUUCACCAGAGAAGACAAGCAGGAGACAAUCACUCGCUCCCUUUCACCGGAAAGCCAAAGUUUAGAAUUCGGGUGAAAGAAAAUGGGGCAUAAAAUUGCCAGGUUAUGGAAAGGGGUGGGGCUGAAAAAAUCAAAUAGAAAUAAAUAUUUCAUUAUGUUAAUGAAAAGAAGCAAAAAUUGAAACAUAUAUGUAUUUUUUUAAGUGGUAUUUGGAGGUAGAGAUGGAAGGAUCUUAUUAGCCAAUGCGGAUUCCUUAAAGGACUGAUCCUAGAAGAAUAUUCUUGCAUUAUGUUAAAAUGGUCUAGAACCAUUAUUUGAUGUUGUGCCAGUGAUUCCAGUUGCCAGAAACAAGUCUGAGUGCUUUCAUGUAUCUUUUUUCUUAAAUGCAAGAGGCUCCUGCUGAUUCUUGGCAAGCAUGCUUUGCGGAUCGUAGCUAUACACGUCUGACACUGUGACUUACUUUUAGUGUACCGACAGACCGGCAUAAGGUCGGCUAGCAUAAGAGCCUUUACAUGUGUGGCAAGCCUUAGAAAGAAAUCUUUUGGUCUUUUCAUCUUCAUUUAUGAAGUCAAGGGCAAACGUACUUGAUGUCAAGAGGCUACUAUGGACAAUCGUAACUCCUUUUUAAAAACCUGCAUCCAGCGUCAGAGCUGAGGAGAACGCAAGCAGGUUAGCAGCCGUUAUUUCUGAGUAGGAAAAUUUCAAAGACUGCUUCUUCUCAGGAAUGCAUUAAGUUGGUGUGCUGCUCUUAAAAGAAAUAAGAAAGCACAUGCUUCAAAAUAAGUACUCAAAGGCUUUAAAAUGCCAGAACAUUUCAAGCUACGUUGCCUGUGACGAAAAUCUCAUUUUGCAUUUUGAGAAGCUCUACGGGCCGCAUCCGUAAGUUUGGUAUUGACCUUCAAUGCAAAAGAAUCGGUGGAGUUCAAGUCACCGAGGGGUGGGUGCCCUUGGAGCCUACAGUCAGUCUUGUUUACAUUGAGAAAUCCACUGUUGUCAUCUUGCAUAUUUCAGACAUAGGGCAUAGCAUCUUUCCCUCCUACAUGCACAGUGAACCAUGUGUGAACAGUUCCUGAGCCUCCAAUUAUUUGUUCAGGAUGGUUUUGUACCUUUGUUAGGAAAAACUCACGAAAUGUAUCCAUUAGAAGGAGACCUAAUACACUUUUCUUUAUUCUUAGAACUUGGACUAGAAUUUUCUAAAUGAUUCUGAUUCAUAAGAUGGGAAGCUGUAACUUGGAGGACUUUGUUUGUUUAUUUUGCCACCAGGGUUAUUACUGGCACUACUCCACUGUUGCCGAUGGCCUUUUUUUUUUUUUUCCUUAAUGUAAAGGGUGAGAAGCAGAGAGGAGAGACGUGGUGUCCCAAGGCUCAAAGCCAGGUUCUUCUGUGUGGUGGAGUGUGUUCUCAUCUAGGGUAGCCGCCAGCUAGCCCCUUGGAGGACUGUAAUUUUUUCCUUGACCAGAGCACUGCUCAGUUCUAGCAUCUGAGAAUAAACCUAGGACCUCUGAGCCUCAGGCAUGAAAGUGGGCUAUCUCCCCAGUCUGUACAAACAUUUUUUCAUAUGAGACAAUAAGCAAACAUUUAAUAUUAUGGAUGAAUGUGGAUCUUGCCAUUUUUACAUUUUAUAGAAACCCUUGAAUUGAAUCAUUUUAUUUGGAAAUAAAAAGUUACCCCCAGCUGACUUAUUCUAAGACUCCAGGGUCAUUGAAUAACUUAAGAAAAGCAGUCAGAAUUUAUUCAGCCCUCACUGCACAGAGCAGAAUACACCAUUAAGAAAGCUGAGCUGCCGUCCUGCACUGGAGUAAGAUGACUUCUUUCCACAUGCCAAGUGUCUUUCUGAAUAUUAGUCCAUUCUAUAAUGUUUAAAUCCUUUAUCCUAUUUUUUUUUGCUGAAGUCAUUUUUUUGUCUUUAUAUUACUAUAUUAUCAUUUUGGCUUCUUGUGAAAACAUACAAUGGAACGGAAUAUUUAAUUUUCUACAUCUGUAUUUGAACAUGUUUUGGCUUCUGUUCAUAAGAUCUCUAUAAAAGCGAUACAAGAAAUGAUCACCAUCCUCUCAUUCAAGACACGAGUCAUAGAAAGUUUCAGUUUGGCUGGUAAAAGGAGCGUUUUCCCCAUGAGCGGUGCAUGAGGUGUGGUCUUUAUUCCUUACAGCGGCAUACACCCGAUGCAGAAAUAUGAAAUCGUACCUCCACAUAUUAUUUUCCUUGUAUUGAUAUGUCAUUUCUUUUAAUGUGUAAAAAACCUACUGACAUAUUUCUUCCCCAUACUGAUCAUCAUGCUUAAGAGACUUUAGUUGAGAGAACCAUGGAAAUCACAAGAAAAAAAAAAAAAAACCACUAAUGGUCUAAUAUUCACGUAUUAGAACCACCAAUUGUUUCUAAUUCCUAAAGUCAAAAGCUUUGGAAAGGAUGGAAAAACUUAAUAGCUAACCAGUACUUUGCAGAAUAUAUAUCAUUUCCAGUUGCUAAUUUUAAAAGUCAGAAACACUACCUACCCAUUCCAGCAGCCCUCUCAGAGGACUCUUGGCUGAAAGGCAUCAAAGGAAUCAGAGAUGUGGACCACCCAACAUUAACUCAGCCUCUGCCCAGUGCCAGGAGUUAGCGGUCCAACCAAUAAGCUGUGGUUCUACAAAAGAAAAUAAAUGUGUGUGUGAAUUGGGCUGUUGUCACACAACUCUGGGUCUUUUCCUGCUUCAAAUGUAACAGUAUAUUGACAUAGUGGAUAUGAGGAGGUUUCACUGCCCUCCCUUAGAUGUGAUUAAGGAAGAAAACAAGCCCAUUUCCAGGAAAAUCCUAGGCAAAAAAGAACUAGACAGACUGUAAAGUAAAAUCCAAAGUAGCCAUAACCCUCUCAUUUUUUUUUUCUGCUUGUGGAGAAAAUUUCAAGGUCAUAGGAAGAUGCCAUAAGCUUUUUACUGGUCACUAGCAGUCAAUCUGACCAAAAAAUAGCUCUCCGAUGAUUGAUAUUAAUUUCAGGUAUCUCUGCACGGUCAUUUCCAAGGCAUGUGAGAAUUUUUAUGGUGUUUUUUUUUUUAUAAUCACUGUAGUUUCUCUUUAUGUUCAUUUCUUAAAUUAUUUAAGUGAAAUCUGUAUACUCAGAGAACUAUUUUGUGUAUUAGAAUAAGUGCUUUUUAAGAAGUGGACAAUGCAAAGCUCUGAUUUAUCCAGAAAAACAGAUUUUCUGCUUUUUAGAGACUUUAUUCGCCAGAACAAUUAGAGUCAUGUAUCUUCUUCUAAUACUGGUAGUCAUAGUCGGUUAGUAAAAAGUUCUGAAAUGUAGAUCAGAUCUGUUAAGGGGGCAUAGGAUUUGAAUACACUCCUUGUAAAUUGUUAAAUAUUAAAAAUGAAAAAGAAGUCCAUAAAAUUUAGAAACUAAAUUAUACACUCUGAAAUUAAUUCAGUGCUCCAUGGGCACUGAAACAAUAUACAGCAGCUUACACUUCAGAGAAGGGAGGACAUACUUCAACACUACGGGUCUUGUUGAGUAUCACAUAGUUUGACACGGACUUUGUGUUAGACUCAAUAGAAUCAGAGAUAGAACUUUCCAAAAUCAUACUAUAUUCAUAGUAGAAAAAAAAUAGUCUUGUCUACCGUCGAGUGGUCUGUUCACGUUGAAAUGCUGAAAGUCAUCUUCUUUUCUUGCUCAAAACUCUCUUAUUUGCCCUAAUUUUUAAAUCUCCAUGACAGCAGGUGAGAUUUCACCAAACUAUUACCAAAUGUGCAACUUCAGCCAUUGACUAGCUUAAGUAUUCGUAAAUAUUACUGGGUCUAACCAUUCUGGUAAAAGUCUAUCUUCUGAGAUGAGAAUUUCUUCACAUCAUUAGAGUAUGUUGUAAGUCCUAAGGAACCACUGAGACGCAUUGAGUAUAAACUCCUCUUGACCUCUUCAAACAGUGGCUCACCCACUAUUAUUUGCUCCCCACUUCUCCGUAGGAUAUGUCACAUUAUUUUACUUGGCAAAGCAAAAGCGAGUACAGAGUUGAAAUAUGUCUUAGGCGAAUACAUGACGGCACAUGUGAUCAUCAGGCUAGUAGGACCUUCAUUCUGAGAAAAAUCACAGCUCCAAAGACAAAGUUCAAAGAACAGUCUGAGGUCUACUAUAGUCUGACAGUGACCAAAGAUAAAAUAGUCCCAAACCUUUCUCCUUUUCAAUUUCAAUUACUUUUUGUUGUUGUUGUCGUUGUUUGUUUUUUGCCUCCAGGGUUAUCACUGGGGCUCAGUGUCUGCACUACGAAUCCACUGCUCCUGGAGGCCAUUUUUCCUAUUUUGUUGCCCUUGUUGUUGUUACUGUUACCAUUACUGUUGUUGCUGGAGAGGACAGAAAGAAAUCGAGAGAGGAGGAGAAGAUAGGGAGAGAAAGAUAGGCACCUACAGACCUGUUUCACUGCUUGUGAAGUGACACACACACACACACACACACACACACACACACACACACUUGCAGGUUGGGAUGCCCGGGGCUCAAACCGGGAUCCUCACUCUGGUCCUUGCGUUUCACGCCAUGUGUGCUUAACCCACUGCACCACCUCCCAGCCCCCUCCAAUUACUUUUGUGAUCAUUAAGCUUCAGCUCUUAAUGGAAAUGUGAACCACCAUCAGCAUGAAUACAAAACAGUGGAAGCAUACUUUAGCUUUUCCAAAAACAAGGCCAUCCAAAUAUAAAAGCCCCAUUGCGUACUGUGUUAAAUUUCUAGAAAAAAAAGAGAGAGAGAGAGAGAGAGAGAGAGAACCCUACAACAGCUAUUCCCUCCAAAAACCAAAUCCCAUAAACUGGGGUCAUUUUUAACUAUGCUAGGAUGUACUGAACAUAUUUUUAAAAUGACAUUAGCUAGUCGCCUUCCCAACACAGUUCUGCCUGUGUUGCUCAGUGAGGCUGCUAUUGGCAUUUGGAGCGAGCUGGGAAAUGCUUUGUUGUACAGAAGUGCCCCCCUGCCCCCCCCAUUGCAUGUUUGAUAUCUGAGCCUUCACCAACGACCAGUAGCAUCACCAGGCAUUGCAAAAAAUCAGAAGAAAACCAGGGCCGAGAGGUGGUACACCUGGUUAAGCGCACAUAGUACUAUGUGUUAAGGACCCUGGUUCGAGCCCCCGCCACUACCUGCAACAGGGACGCUUCAUGAGUGGUGAAGCAGGUCUGCAGGUGUCUGUCUUUCUCCCUCUCCCCUCUCAAUCCCUCUCUGUUAUAUCAAAUGAAAAAGAAAAAGAAAAAAAAGACUUCCAGGAGCAGUGGAUGUGUAGUGCUGGCAGGAGCCCCAGUGAGUGGAGGCAAAAAAGAACAGAAAAAACCCUUCUCAUGCCCAGUGUCCACCCGAUAAGAUAGUACCACCUCUCUUGAACACCAGAGUCCAAUGCAAUUUGAGGCAGACAAGUAAAAAUGCCUCUCAGAAUAUCAUCUUGACUUCCUUGCAAGUCUUUGGACCCUAAAUAGUUUCUUCAAGGUUUCAAACUUUCUGCUUUAACUUGCUGUUUCUUCAGGAAAGCUGUUACUGGACAGUCCUAGUGGUUCCACUUCACUUAACCCCUGUGUGCUUACCUAAAGGAGAGAUUUCAAAAGAUACAAAAUAUUCCCCCCCCCUCCCAUCUGUCCUUGAAUUCCACUGUCGGUCAUAAUCCCUGUGAAUGUUGUGAGGAUUCCUGCACAACUCAGUACCGACACAGUAACAAUCUACAUUAAAAAAACCACAUAAAGAUGUGUGUGGACAUCUCCGUUAGAUUUCACACAGCAAAUCAGAUGCUUGCAACUCCAAAAGAAUCACCUGCUUACUCUACUAAAAAGUACUUGAUCCAAAUGCCAGCGCUCACUCAGUCUCUCUAUAUAAAUACAAUAAUGCUGUUCAACUUUCCCAAGAUUUCCUGAAGACUGAAUCAUGAAGGGGACAUGUGUUAAACUGUGGGUCUCUUGUACAAAGCCAGGUGAGCUCUGCCUGGGUGAAACAUUACUGAACUAUGUUAAUAGGUCACCAACAUACACCUAUUCACUUCAUUGCUGUUACCACCAAAACCGAAUGAUCAGUAUGUCUUGAUAACUGUCUGUGUCCAUAGUGGCUGUUUGAUAGAUGACAGUCAGCUAUCCGCUACAAUUUUUUAGAUACUAGAAUUUCUAAAUAUCCUUUCUGAGGCAGAUCUGCUCAAGAGUCAGUAAAGGUAAAUAUAGCGUGAACUCUUAGACAGUGCUUAAGAAAUCCCGUUGAGCACUUGUUUUGUUUGAAGAGUAAAUUGAAGGGCAAAAGGGAGACAGAUUGUCGUUCCGCUCAGGUCCAUUUAAGGUGUACUCAAAUGCCAGUAUUUGUGCCACUUGCCAGUUUGAGGGCAUUUUCCAUACUGGAUGUUAUAACUUGACUGUAUUACGAUGUUGUUUAGCAAGGCUCCAAAGACAAGUUGCCACUGCAGUGCUAACUGACAUGCAGAGACUAGCUGAAUGAAUGUCUGAUCAGAUCACUUUCAUCACGGAGACUAGAGGCACUGAUUUUCUUGUCCAUAUUUCCUUCCAUGGUGAGUGAAUGUGUCAAUGAGUUCAGAACCUCCUGCACCAUUCUCACCAGGCUAGAGUCCACUAAACACUCAAGAGUUGUUUUUCCCUGUGCGAUACGGAUUUUUAAAAAUAAAAAUUCUUUUUUUGAUCAUUUCAAAAUUUGGAUACAGUGAACAGAGUGGUGUAAGUCUGGGAAUCGUUGCCAGACUUGAACAAUUUCUGAUUUCCAGUGAAUGAUCUAAGUCUAUUAUAUCUGACACAGGUAUAAUAUCUGUGAGUGAAAAUAACUGGACGUAUACACCGAUCAUGAUGACAGUUUCUCUUUUGUCGCUAUUAUUGGUCUUUAUCUGUACUGUAUUAUAGGAUGUGGGUGUCAGUAUCUACAAGCAGACACACACAUGUAUAUGUAUUCCACUAUUGUAUCCUGAAAGAAAACUAUGUAUUAUCUUUUUUUAUUCUGUACUAGUAUUUGUGUUAUUUAAAAAAGAAAUAAAAAAUAUGCUCUAUUUAGUUGUAUAGUAUUCUAGGAUACUUUGCUGUGCACAAUUCCAAGUGCCUUAGAAUAUUGUUUAGCUUUCUUAAACAUAUAUACAUAUAUAUAAAUGCAUAUAUGUAUACACUUGGGAAAAGUUACCUCAAUAAAAUCAUUGGGAAAUCCCCA